UUGUUCACCCCACGGGUUACCUGCCUGCGACUGUGACAGCCUCGCAAUGACAAGAGGGCCCAGUGGAAGGGGGGCAAGUGAAGGGAGUUUGGAUGAUACCCCUGUAGCCGGCAGCCUGUGAACAUUCCCUGAGGUUGUACCGCGAUAGUUUUGUGUGUUUUUUUUCUCCCCCUGAUGCUUUCCGUGCUUCUGGAGUUCCGUUGGACUUACCUGUGACCGACCGGAGAACGAGCGUUACGCGUAGGUGAACCCACAGCUCCGCAGAUCGGUGCAUGAGACCCGGAGCGCAGCCGCAAUGAGUCGGAGAACACGACGCUGGAUUCUAAGAGUUUUACUUUGUCUGGGAAUUGUUUAUUUGAAAAUUGGUGGCUUCACGUCCGUGGUGGCCCUAGGUGCGAGCAUAAUCUGUAACAAGAUCCCCGGUUUGGCUCCCAGACAACGGAUUAUCUGCCAGAGUCGCCCCGAUGCCAUUAUCGUCAUCGGAGAGGGAGCCCAAAUGGGCAUCAACGAGUGUCAGUUUCAGUUCAAAAACGGGCGCUGGAACUGCUCUGCGCUUGGAGAGAGGACGGUCUUCGGAAAAGAGUUGAAAGUGGGAAGCAAAGAGGCCGCGUUCACCUACGCCAUCAUCGCAGCAGGAGUGGCCCACGCCAUCACCGCGGCCUGCACACAGGGUAACCUGAGUGACUGCAGCUGUGACAAGGAGAAGCAGGGUUUCUACAGCAAGGACCAGGGCUGGAAGUGGGGGGGCUGCUCGGCGGACAUCAGCUACGGCCUGGGCUUCUCCAAAGUGUUUAUCGAUGCCCGGGAGGUCAAGCAGAACGCAAGGACGCUCAUGAACCUCCAUAACAAUGAGGUUGGACGCAAGGUCCUGGAGAAGAACAUGCGACUGGAAUGCAAGUGUCAUGGUGUCUCCGGCUCCUGCACCACCAAAACCUGCUGGACUACACUUCCCAAGUUCCGCGAGCUGGGCUACAUUCUCAAGGAGAAGUAUGCCCACGCCGUGCACGUGGAGACGGUGAAGGCCAGCCGCCACAAGCGCCCCAAAUUCCUGAAGAUCAAGAAGCCUCACUCCUACCGGAAGCCCAUGGAUUCGGACCUGGUGUACAUAGACCGGUCGCCCAACUACUGUGAGGCGGACCACGUCACGGGGAGCCUGGGCACACUGGGCCGCGUGUGCAACAAGACUAUGAUGCAGCACAUCAGCGGCUGCGACCUCAUGUGCUGCGGCCGGGGAUACAACACGCACCAGUACUCGCGCGUGUGGCAGUGCAACUGCAAGUUCCUGUGGUGCUGCUACGUCAAGUGCAACACCUGCAGCGAGAGGACAGAGGUGUACACGUGCAAAUGAGAAUAUUUAUCGGAAAGGUGUGUCUGUUGUGUGUGUGUGUGUUUGUUUGUGUGUUUGGGAGCGUGCGUGUUCAUGUCUUUGUGAUGUCACGGACAAACUGGAACUGUUGACCCUAACGAGGAGGCCGUGAUCGCAGUCAGUUCGUACGUCACGUGGAGCUACAGGCGGGAAGCGGAGGAAGGGGGGCGUCGCCAUUCUUUUGCACACAAAGCUCUUCACCCCUCUUCUUGGAUUGGUGUGUCUGUCGGGGGGGGCGACCGUUAAAGGACAGACACUGUGCUGUGGCAUACGGGACCGGGUGACCACAGCACCGAGGUCAAAAGGUCACGACUUUAAGCUACGUGGACGUGGACGGACAUUUCGGCCGAUGCAGAUGAAUUGCGGUGGAUGUGAUUCGGGGGCGGAGCACGUAGCUGUCGUUCCCUGUGCACGGACAAAACGACACAGCCAUCUGGAAUAUUUAACACACUGUAUUUAGAGAAUGAAAAUGAUUAAUAUUAAUUUAUUCUAUAAAGAAAACUACUGAUUUUUGUUUUGUUUUGUUGUUUUGUCCAUUUUGGAUCGAAAGUAACUAAAUGUUGGGAGGUUUUAGUUUGUCAAAAGCAAUCGACCCCUUCUGUCUGCGGUUGACACACUGGAUUGGGAUCCGCCUGGAAUACCUUGUAGAAUAACGUUGUCCCGCAUGAAACUGCUGUAGGCCGCUCACACUGACCCUCUGACCUGCUCAUGAGUUUGUCUUCCCUCUGUUCGCUGCUAGUCUAGAGAAUCCCACUGGUCGAGGUGGAAGGCCCGCAUACGCUCUGCUGACCGUCUUCAAUGGCAUUGCUCACUUCAAGCUGAUUUAGCUUAACUGGACUUAUUCACUGAUCAAACAGAUGGGCACAUUCUCCACCUUUUGGUAAAUAUUGGUUGAUAGAGUUUAUUUUGUAAAAGCCUAUUUUUAUAUGAAUGUCUUAUUUAUAUCUUUUUUUUUUUUUUUUUUGCAUAUUCAAUGUCGAGCUCUGAUUCCCGACACCUGUUUCGAAACCUUUGUGAGAAAACAAGCGGAUGUGUGUAUGUUGGCCCCUUGCUGUCACUGCCAUAGUUGUGUAUUGUAAGUGAUAGAAACUGAUUAUAUGUGUCUGUGUUCAACAUGUCUGUGUUUGCUGCAUUUCGUGACUACUACUGAUGGAAUACAGGAGCAGAAUAACACUAACAA